UGUCUGUUCCCUCCUCCCCACUUUCCCCUUCGCAAAUUUGGGGUCAUUACCAUAUAACUUUAUACCCCAACCACUGUCAACAAAAAGAUUUACUCUCAGGGUCAGAAUUCAAGAAUUCAUCUUUUUAUCCGAGGCCACGUGAAUCCCCCAGGUCUAGACCAUGAGCAGACAAAGGGAGCUGUCUGUGAGAAGCCUUUCUCCAAGGCGAAACCCCAGCCCGACGACCGGUGCCAAAGUGAGCUCUAAGGACACGAACUUCUUUUAAAACAAGUUACCCGAGGAGGGCCGUUGGGCCAGAGCCCCGGAGCUGACCUGGCCCCGUUUUGCAUCGUUUUAAGCAGAAGAGUGCCAUGAUCUGAUUUGUCAUUUAAGACUCUGGCUGCUGGGUGGGGGACAGAUUGUAAGGGAGAUGGAGCCUGCCACCCUUGUCCUCUUUCUGUGUUUUGGAUGUUCAUAUAUGUCACAGCUCUGUACCGCCCCCUUCUCAUCAGCGCUUGCCUUACCCUGCUUCCUCUUUUCCUUGGCCUUGUCCGCCUAGGGACUAGAAGGUGGGGACAAAACAAUUUGCCAGUCCCCGCCCCCAGCCUGAGGCUGGCACGUGGCCCCGGAGCUUAGCACUGGCCCCGCCCCUGCAUAGGCCCCGCCCCUUGAGCUGAAGCUUAGGGGGUGCGCCGCACAGCCCCGCCUCCCCGCAGCCAACCCCGCCCUUCCCUGCCUUCAAGGCCACGCUCACACCCAUUAAUUGGUCUGCUGGUGGUGCAGGCGCUCAGCCCUACCCCUCAUCAGCUCCGCCCCCUCUAGGCCCCGCCCCUCCCAAGCCUUGUGUACGACCGUUGGGUGGCCGCAGGAGGAGCCAGGGCCCAGCCCUUUUCGUAUCGCCCCAACCAUCCCCGGAGGCUCCGCCCCCUCGAGGUCUCAUCCAAGUCCAUUGGGCCUGUAGCUAGUCCCUCGGAGGCCCCGCCCCUCCCCAAGGCCCCGCUCCAUUUAUUGGGUGGCCGCAGGAGGAGCCCGAGCUCUCCUCUUCCAGCCGCCGGCUCCGCCCAGCACGAGGCACCGCCCACAUAGGUCCCGCCCCCCCGAGGGCCCGCCUGGUCUGUUGGGCUGCCGGCAGGAGGCGCCGCGCCAUGCGCGGGUCCGGAGCAAGGGCUCCAGCUGACGGCGGGUGUGGGAGCCGCGCGGGAACGCGGCGGCGGCGGCGGCGGCGGCGGGCUGUGUUGGAGGACGCGGCCUUUUCCCUGCCGUUGGCCAGAGCCCUCAGUGCUCGUCCGUGAAGACGGGCCCACCAUGUUCUAUGGGACCCACUUCAUCAUGUCCCCACCUGCCAAGAGCAAGCUGAAGCGGCAGGGUCAGCUGCUGUCCAGCGUGCUGUCCCGGACGCUGAGCUACAAGUACCGUGACCUGGACACCACCUGCUCCAGCCUGGGCAGCAGCGACGACCCGGCCGAGCUCUCCACCCAGCUCUCGGCCCCUGGGGUCCUGAAGGUGUUCGGGGACAGCGUGUGCACGGGCACCCACUACAAGAGCGUCCUGGCCACCGGCACGUCCAGCGCCCGGGAGCUGGUGAGGGAGGCCCUGGAGCGCUACGCCCUGAGCCCCGAGCGUGCCGGCCAGUACGUGCUGUGCGACGUGGUGGGCCAGGCCGGCGACUCCGGGCGGCAGUGGCAGGCCGAGGGCUUCCGGGUGUUCGGCGACAACGAGAAGCCCCUCCUGAUCCAGGAGUUAUGGAAACCCCGAGAAGGCUUGUCCCGGAGGUUUGAGCUGAGAAAGAGGUCGGAGAUGGAGGAGCUGGCAGCCAGGGACGUGGACACCGUGACGGCAGGGAUAAACGCCCAGGCCCGGAGACUGCAGCGGAGCCGCGCCAAGGGAACCACAGCCCCGGCCGCGGGGGGCACCUGGAGCCCCCCUCCACCCCGCCUGCGCCGCACGGUCAGCGAGACCAGCCUGGGCUCGGCCAUUGCCCCGCCGUCCACUGCCCGGGGCCCCGAGGAGCCCAGCCAGGACGCCAUGCGCUGCUCCCUCUACGAGUCGCCCCACCUGCUGCUCCUGCAGGGCUACAGCCAGCAGCACGACAGCCUGGUCUACGUGCUCAACCGGGAGCGGCACACGGUGGGCCAGAGGACCCCCUCCAGCAAGCCCAGCAUCAGCCUCUCGGCCCCCGACAUCCUGCCCCUGCACUGCACCAUCCGCAGGCGCCGACCGUUGGGCCGAGCUCAGGCGGGGGCACAGCUGGUCCUGGAGCCCAUCCCCGGGGCGUCCGUCUCGGUCAACUUCUCGGAGGUGGGGGGCCGCGCCGUGGCGCUGCGCCACGGGGACCUGCUCUCCCUGGGCCUGUACUACCUGCUGCUGCUGAAGGACCCAGCGCAGGCCCAGCCCCUGCCCGCCCAGGCCCUGGCCCGCCUCCGGGCCGUGCCGGAGAGCUGUAGGAUGUGCGGCGCCCCGCUCCGGGCCCGGGGCGCCUCGGUCUCCGCGAGGCCCGGACCCCCCCGGGCGCGGCCGCUGCACCUGGAGUUCGAGCCCGACAUGGAGGACACGCUGCUGCAGCGGAUCAUGACACUGGUCGAGCCGGGCGGCAACGACCACAAGCUGACCCCCGCCUUCCUCCUCUGCCUCUGCAUUCAGCACUCGGCCACCCGCCUCGAGCCGGGCUCCUUCGGGCAGCUCCUGCUCAAGAUGGCCAAGAUGAUCCGAGAGACGGUCUGGGAGAAAACCAAAGAACUCGCCGAGAAGCAGGCACACCUCCAGGAGCCCCUCUCCACGGCCAGCUUCACCAUGGCGGGCCUGGUUCCGGACCUGCAGCACAUCCUCUUCUGGAUGUCUAACUCGGUUGAGCUUCUGUACUUUAUCCAGCAGAAGUGCCCACUCUACAUGCAGAGCCUGGAGGAGGACCUGGAUGUCACAGUGAGAAGUGACCUGCGGGCCAGGAUCUGCCAGCGCUGGGCACUUGGUCCCGACCCGUAUCUGGAAGCUGCUAGCGCGCGAGCGUCUGCUGCGCUUGGUAUCGAGUUGGUGCCCGUGGGCUUGGAAGCUCGGGGCCUGGGGUCCCGGGGGCCCCGUGGCUUUGGCUCGAAGGAGUCCCUGUUCUCCUGCACGCUCACGGCCAGUGAGGAGGCCAUGGCUGUGCUGGAGGAGGUCAUCCUGUACGCCUUCCAGCAGUGCGUGUACUAUGUCUCCAAGUCCCUGUACGUGUGCCUCCCGGCCCUGCUGGAGUGCCCCCCCUUCCAGCUGGAGUGCCGCGAGAGCUGGUGCUCGGCCCCUCAGCUGCCCGAGGAGCUGCACCGCGUCGUGUCCAUCUACCAGGCCACCCUGGACCUCCUGCGGCCGCUGCAGGUGCACCCGGAGAUCGCCGCCCAGGUGCUGGCCUACCUCUUCUUCUUCUCCGGCACGCUGCUCUUCAACCAGCUCCUGGACAAGGGGCCCUCUCUGAGUUGCUUCCACUGGCCCAGAGGCGUCCAGGCCUGUGCCCGCCUGCAGCAGCUCCUGGAGUGGACACAGAAUGCCGGCUUUGGCGAGGCUGGAGAGCGCUUCUUCCGGAAGCUUUCCUGCACACUCAGCCUGCUGGCCACGCCCAGUGCCCAGCUCGUGCAGAUGAGCUGGGCGAACCUGCGGGCCGCGUUCCCUGCCCUGAGCCCCGCGCAGCUGCACCGCCUGCUGACCCAGUACCAGCUGGCCUCGGCCAUGGGCCCCAUGAGCGCCUGGGAGCCGGGUGCCCAGGACAGCCCCGCAGCCUUCAAGUCAGAGGACGUCCUGGAGUCCUAUGAAAACCCCCCACCCAUCGUUUUGCCGAGCGAGGGCUUCCAGGUGGAUCUGGAGGCCGACUGCCUGGAUGACAGCCUCCACCAGCACCUCCUCUACAUCCGCCACUUCCUGUGGAGCCUGCGGAGCAAGCCCAGCCCCGGCGGCAGGCCCGCACGGCCAGAGUGUCCCCAGGGCCCGCAACACACCAGCCCCGAGGGCCACCCUGAGGACCAGAGCCGCCCCCUGGCUUCCAGGGACCCCGGCAGGGGAGCCCGUGAGGCCGGCUUGGAGCGCACGCCUCCUUCCGCGGGGGACCCCCAGGCACAGGGCCCUCUGGGAAGGCCGCCAGGCCGCGUGAGCCGUGGGGGGGCCCAGGCCGGGGACCCACACGGGGACCCCUCAUGCCUGCUCACGCCUCCCGGCACCCCGCUCAGCCUGGAACCCGCUGUCCCCGACUGGCCAGAAGCCAGCAGUGCCUGUGGGGAAGUGCUUCUGGAAGGGAGGAGGAACGGGCCGAGUGGCCCGGGGUGCGCAGCCCCACAAGGAGACUGUGCGGCCCCGGCGGCCGAGCCCCCUCCAGCCCCCUCCAGCCACAGCUCCAGCACGGAUGACUUCUGCUACAUGUUCGUGGUGGAGCUAGAGCGAGGCCCCUCCGGGCUGGGCAUGGGCCUGGUCGACGGGAUGCACACACCCCUGGGCGCCCCAGGGCUCUACAUCCAGACCCUGCUCCCGGGCAGCCCCGCAGCGUCCGAAGGGCGGCUGUCGCUGGGAGACCGCAUCCUGGAGGUGAACGGCAGCAGCCUGGUGGGCGUCAGCUACCUGAGAGCCGUGGAUCUGAUCCGACACGGGGGAAAGAAGGUGCGGUUUCUGGUUGCCAAGUCAGACGUGGAAACGGCCAAGAAGAUCCGCUUCCGCACGCCCCCUCCCUAGGCGCCGUGCAGGGGCGGCCCGAGCACCUACGCCUGCGGCUCCCAGGUUACGGCCCCUUCUGCCAGGCUGUUCGGUGUGGCUGCGUCACCCACAGGACGCUAGCCGCAGUCCCUAGUGUACAUUUUGUUUUAUUGAUAUGACACAUAACACUAAGUUGUGAUGCUUGUCACAGAGCCUUCGUGUUUGAAGAUUUGAGUGUUAAAGUAUAGAUUCAAUAAACUAUCUUUCGUAUUGUAGAGGGUGGCGGGGCAUGGAGUCUGGGUGGGCACCGUGCUGGCCCCCUAGAAGGGUUGCUGGAGGUGGGGCGGUGCCCUCUGAGGAACUGCUCCCUCCCUGCCAGCGCGGGAGAGACCCCGGGGGGACACAGGGCUCGCUGGGGUGCCGGGAUGGCUCUAACUGCUCCUCGCCUGCCCUCCACCCUGCCCGCAAACAAGGAGCAGCGGGGGAGAUGCAGACAGCCCCCGGCCGCCGAGGGAAAGGGCCAGAGCCGCCCCCAUCAGAGGGGGCUGCACCCUCGGUGAUUCCACACUCAGCACGGUCCCAAAGAAGGGGUCUGGAACCCCCUAGAAGGUUAUAAAGUGAGAGUCUUGACCCACUGUGGGUAUCCAGGCUUCCCCCCUCAGACUCGCACCCCUCCUGAUGUGCUCUCUGGUCGCUAAAGCCAUGGCUGGGCCCUAAUACCAGGCUGGCCGGUCCCAGGCUCUCAGUCUGCGGCCCGGCUGGUGUCCACCUGGUGGCCGUUGCUUCACCCCGGUGGGGGGGCCCGCCUCCUGCACGGCCGCUGACCACGUGCAGGGCCGUGUUGGUGUCACAGUGGCAGCGGGCGCGGGCACCUCCCGGCUGGGUGUCUUCGGCAGGUUCGGCAGCGUGCCCCUCCCUGGGCUCUGGGCUGGGGUCCUCCUCUUUGACAGGAACAGAGACUCUGGGGACGAGAGGGUCCCGGCCAGGCAGCUGCAGACACACCCCUUACGUGGAAAGGGGUCUCGUGGAGGGACCAGCGGCCGGAAGACGAGGAAAGUGGAGCACGAUGGGACUGUCAUUUUCUACAUCAGUGGGCCAGAGCUGUAAGUGCUGUGAGGACAACCCGACAGAACCCGACCUCUGGAAGCAGCCACCCUGGUCCGCCCUCGGCGCGGCUGCAGUGGGCGUCCGGCCCAGGUGAGUGCGCCCUGCUCGCGCGCCAUCCUCCGGGCCGCAGCCCAGCCCGUGUCCUCACGGCCUCCGAGGCCCCCGGCGGCUCUGCCGCUGCGGCUGACACGCCUGGGACAGCCCAGCCCCGCCGGAUUUGCACUCGCGUCGUUGGACUGGACUCCCAGCCACCACAGAAGUCUACCCUGCAAAGACAAUGGACCGGCAGGACGCAGAACAGGCAGCUUCCACCCAGCCCCAAGAGGAGCUAAAGCCGAGAAUCAGUGCUGUGUCACUACACAGCUCAGUGUGGCCACGGGAGAAGGGGAUUAAGAGAAAAGACAGACACACAGAGGCCAAAGGCUGAGACUGUGACAGCCUCCCUGACCGCUGAAGCCAUGGCCGGUAAUACCAGGCUCUCAGCCUGCAGCCCUGCCUGGCAUCCACCUGGUCCCUUCACCCCGGCAGGAGGCCUGCCUCCCUCUCCACCAGCCGGCUGACCGUACGCAGGACCAGGGGCAGGGCCGUGUUGGUGUCACGGUGAUAGCGGGGCUCAGACACCUCCACACUGGGCGUGAACACAAACUGGGCCACGCUGGGCAUCUUCAGCAGGUUCAGCAGCUCGGUGGCCCGCGUGUGGAUGGCUCCCACGCCCUCCUCACCGGGCGUGGAGCCCGUGGCUGGGCUCUGGGCCAAGGUCCUCAUCUUUGACAGGAGCAGGGAGACCCUGGGGACGAGGGAGUCCCAGCCCAUCAGCUGCAGGUGCACCCCUCACGUGGGCAGGGGUGUCGUGGAGGGACCAGCUGCCAGGAGCACCCAGCUAGCAUGGUCUUGGCUGGGAGAGAUGAGGCGGCAGUGCUGACACAGCCCACACCACCUGCGUCCAACCAGAAGGGCUUUGGGGGACAGGACAACCUCCAACGCCGUUCCCUUUCCCAACGGGAAGCCUGUAGCUUUCCCUCUGCCCACCGGGAACUGGUACCUGGGAAUCAGGUCUUGGCUCCGAGAGGCCAGCUUGGUCAGUGUGGUCAUGAGCACAGUGAUGACCUGCGGAGGACACUUGGGGAGGGUGGUGGAGGGCCGCGACUGGGUGACCUCAAAGAGCAGGGCCUCCAGGGCUUCGAAGAAGUUGUUGAUCUGCUCCACGGUGCAGCGCCGGUCCCAGGACACCGACAGGUACUCGCCGAUGGCCCACACCUGGGUGGGGGACAGCACUUCAGCCCUGUGACAGGCCCGCACGUCAGGUGCAGGCUGGGGCGGGGCAGCGGCUGCCUCACCACGGAUGUGAGCACGUGCCCGCCGCUGCGGGGGCCGCCCACGAACUCCAGCAGCUCCUUCGCCUGCUCGACCACCAGUGGAGGAUGCAGCUUGCACAGGGCCGGGAACUGGGAGCUCAGCACCCUGCGCGAGAGGACCCGUGGGCUGUGCUUGCCCCACACAGACCCCAGCCCCGCGGCCCGUCCCGAGGAGAGCUGGGCGGUGGCGGGAAGCCCCCGAGCACCAGGUGGAGGUAAAGGUAGUCCCGGCCCCGCCAGGAACCUCUUGCCCCACCAGGGAAGAGGCUGGACUGGAGCGGGGAGGAGCCCGCAUAAACUGGGCCUUCAGCAAGGGGGACACACGUUCUGGAAGGCUCCGUGGAAGAGGGGCUUGGGUGGGCAGGGAAGGGUGCGUACAGUGGCCGAGAAAGUGCCGAGGCUGGGCUGGGGUCGGUGGCAGCUGGGGAACCGCUGCCGUGAGGGGCAGAGAGCGCGGGGUCAGUGAACCCGUCCAGGGCUGGGCCAUGGAGCCGCAGGAGGGGCGAAGCCCGCCAGGAGGGACCCACCUGUGCACACCGGCUUCGUACCCUGGGACCUGGUAAAGCGAGUCGCUUCGUUCCAGGAGCGGCAGUGCCAGCUGGCUGGCCAGGGCCCCGUCAGCAAACUGGGAGAGAGAGAGAGAGAGACUGCGUCCCACCCCCAGGGAACACCUCUGCUCCGGACCUGGCUUCUCUCGGCCCCAGUUCUGGGAGGGACAGGAGCCAGGCUGGGGCUGGUGUGAGCUGCCCUGUCUGCUGUGAUGGACUGGCCCCUUGGCCACUGAGGAAGCUGGGGCCCUGUGGGUCCUAGCUCCAGCAGGCCCUCUGCUGCAGGGACAGAGGCCCCAGGAAGCGGGUUCACCUGUGUCACCGCCGAGAAGAACGCCCGGAGCAGGGUGGGCACGGCCUCAGCGCACUGGACCACCCGGGCGCAGCCGGCCAGGGGCUGCAGCAGCCGGUAGAGCGGCGUCAACCUGGGGACACAUGGCCCAGCCCUGAGCACACGCCUGUUCCCUGUCCGCCUGGGGACCCGGCUCUGGGAGUGCCUGCUCUACCCUCAUCAGAGGCCACCCUGCGCAUCUCCUAAUGCACGGCCUGCUCCCUCUGUGGCCGCCCUGCUCCCGUGGCACAUGGGAGGGCUGGAAUGCGGCUGGGGGCAGGAGGCCGUGGUCCAGUCCUGGCCCGCCACCCCUAGGCUGUGCUAAGCCUCCCUUUCCCCACCUGUGGCAAGGAGUGAGCACAGUGCCUACCCCACAGGGCGACAAGGACGGGAUCAGGAAACUGAACGAGCAGACCACAAGCCACGUGCCCAGGAAGCGCUUGGCCACGUGGCCGGCGCCUGUUGGGUGGGGGGUCACCAGAGCUGUCUCUCCAGGUCAGAAGGCACCAGGGAGCUCUCGUGUCCCACGUGGGGCCUGGGACGCCCGGCAGCGAGCCCUACCUCUCCACGGUCCCGCUGGCGUGGGCACGCAGCAGGUGCUGGAAAAGACCCUGCACCUGCGAGUCCCGGAGGGCCUCCAGGCAGCCGGGGGCCCUGAUGGAGACGUCCCAGGGAGGCCUCUCAGAUGCAGCCUGCAGCGACCUGCGAGCAGAGAGACUCCUGAGGCCGGGCUCGCAUGUGGGCUCUGGCCCAGGCCAGAAGAAGCUGGACUCGGCCCCUGCCCUCGUGGUACCCACUGGCCAGGGAGAGACUAGAGUGGACGUCACCGUAACAUCACUGUGCCCUGACCCAGCCAGGAGCUGCAGGAUGACCCAAAAAGGCCUGGGGGCCGGGCCCCUGGGAGGCUGCGUGGCUGAGUGAAAGACAGGCUGGGCUCCGGGGCUGCCGUCAGGGCGGCGAAGAGGUGCAGAGACACUCUGCGUGGGAGACAGCAGGAGCGGCUGGGGGCAAGGAGGGACAGGGACAGGGCAGACACGGUCAGAACAGUGAGCAGCGUGGCCGGGCAGGGGCUCACCUGAGCUGCAGGUCCAAGGCUGCGGUCAGACAGGGCAGGUCCAGCAGCAGGUGGAGCAUCUCCACGGCCGUCCCUGCGUCAACCAGCGAUGGGAGCAGCGCCACGAAGUCAGAGGUGAGGGGCGGGCUGUUCCAGGCCAGGAACUGUGGGGACAAGCAGCGCAGCUCUAGUGGGAGCCCGGAGGGCAUGGCCAGCCCUGCCACCUCCUGUUUCACUGUGACCCAGGAGUUGGAAAAUAUGCCCUUCAACUUUCUUCCCCCUCAUUCUUUUUGCUUCUGCACUCACUUUUGUACCAACCAUCUAAAUCACUUUCCAUUUAUCAUCGUUUAGUUUCCUGAUUAAAGAACUCAGUCUCUGAUUUUGGAAAGGCCACGCAGUGACACGCCAAUCACAAAAGACACAUCAGGACUUCCCUGGUGGCACAGUGGUUGAGAAUCCACCUGCCAGUGCAGGGGACACGGGUUCAAGCCCUGGUCUGGGAAGAUGCCACAUGCCGCAGAGGACCUAAGCCCGUGUGCCACAACUACUGAGCCUGCACGCCACAACUACUGAGCCUACACGCACAAUGAGACACCACCACAAUGAGAAGCUCGUGCACCGCAACAAAGAAUAGCCCCUGCUCGCCACAACCAGAGAAAGCCUGCGCGCAGCAACGAAGACCCAAUGCAGCCAAAUACAGAAAAAAAAAACCAAAAAAAUCCAUCGAAGACAAAGGUGCCAAACAGCUGAACACACCCGGCAACGCUCCCCAGUGAAGAGAUGCUAACCUGCACCAACUCUGCGAGCCCAGCCACCAAGCCAGGCCCGACCUCGCCUUCCUGAGGGCACGGGCGCCCCCAGCCCAUGCCAGGACACUGCCCCAGGGGCCCUGCACACCCCAGGCCCCCAAGCCCCUGCUCUGGUUCAUGGAUCACCAAGCAUGCCUUGAAGAGGUUGGGGAAGCUUGUCCUGAGAAUGCCAAGGUUUCUGCCGAACAGAGGCAGGCUGUCCCUGCAGAACUGGACGAACUCGAAGGCCAGCAUCGGACUGUGGAAGUGUUCAGCGGGGAUCCUGGUGAAGAGGUGCUGGUAGACGGCUUCCGCAUCCACUGCGGCGGCCUCCCCUGAAAGGCAGUGGGCUCCGUCAGGGCAGAAGGCCUCGGGUGCUGCCGGGGGCCCCCCGAACCUCGGGCCAAGCCUCCAGGGCCACACGUGUCUGCGGGACACCAAAGGCAGACAUGUCCGCCCUUCGCAAGCACGGGAAGAGCCAGCUGAGCUGGAUCCGGGUCUUCCCAGGUGUCUCUGGCCACAGACCCACCCUCUGGUUACGCUACGGGGAUCGUUCCUUGGAAGGGGCUGGUUUCACGGCACCUUCCAGGAAACUCUCGUGGCAAAGAGAGUUCAAGAUCAACACAGACUUGGUAACGUUUUAACUUGCUACUUAAAUCCAUCUAAAAGUUCCCACCGUCGAAGUGCUAACGGCUCAUCAGAUCAGUGCUGCUCUACAGACGAAGGAAGGGGGCAGCAUGCAGGGGAAAGCCGCCCUCCCCGCGAGCGGGUCUGCUCCCACGGGAGGGCAGAGGCUCACCGUGGUGCAGGAAGAACUGGGCGACGGGCAGCAGCGCCCGCACCCAGGCUGGGUCCCCGCGCAGGCGCGUGUGCAGGGGCUUCAGGCAGGAGAGGGUGCGGUACAGGAAGGAGGGGUCCUGCUGGCAGAGCACGUCCAGCACCAGCACAGCCUCCACCAGACACUGCGGGGACCCGAGGAGGCCGCUCAGACAGAGCUGGGAGGGAGCGCCCGCCCGCCCGCCGGGCACUCACUGCUUUCUGCAGGUCUGAGUCUGCCUUCUUCAGGGCUCCUGGGGGAGGGAAGAAAGCCACCUGGUCUCUGUGUCCCCAUCAGAACAGCCGAACAAGAAGGUGCCCCGUGUUCUGGAAGCUGGAGGAGAGGCCGGGGAGCCCACAGCUGGGAGCGACCGCAGCGCAGACGCGAGGUGGGGACCGAGCGCCACGGGCCGCGGACAGGAAGGGUGGCCCUGGGACUCACGCCGGUUACUCUGCUCCAGCAGGCGCUGGCAGUACUCGAAGGCCUUCUCCCGCAGCCAUUGCUGGGGCGGCAGCAGGUGUCCGGCGGUGGAGGCAGCCGAGAGCACGGACAGGGUGGAGCCUUCCAGCUCCGACUUGUCGUCUGGGAGAGAGAACGAGGGCUCAGGACAGAGAAGGACUCCGCAGGGUGCGAGGAGGGCUGCCGUCGCCGCCUGCCAAGGCCUGCGCCCUGUCCCGCCUGCUGCCACCCCACUGGACACGGUGGUGUAGAUGAGCCCAGACCGUCUAUAACGCUAGUGGGCUCGCAGAGGAGGAAGAGUUUGGAGAAGCUGUUGCAACAGUCCUGUCGACAUCUGGCUUCUCAGCACGUCUGGGAAAGGCCUGCUGGAGACCACAGGGCUCAGCCAAUGUCGCCCAGGGGCCCAGCACGUCCUGCCUGCGUCCUACCUGCGUCCGGGGCGCUGGAGCCCCCAGGGCCGCUGUCCAGCAGCCAGGCCCGCAGCAUGGAGAAGGCCUGCACGUUCAGCCACUGGUCCUCCGUGAAGCGCUGGCCCGUAGACAGCACCGUGAAGAAGUCCGUGGCCACUGCCCCGUCCACCUCGGUGACAGGGCCCAGCUGCAGGAGGCAAGGAAGGUCAGCCGGCGCUGCAGGGCCCGGGAAGGGCCAAGAACAGGCGGCAUGGGGCGCGAGCCACCGCCCUGGCCGUCCACGCUCCUCCGGGACCACAGGCACCCCACCCCCACCCCCACCCAGGGUGCGUGAGCGCAGGCACUUGAGCUGAAAACGCAGCCCUCGGUCAAAUACGGUCCCUGCCCGCGUGUUCCGGGCCUCAACCCACAGAGCGCGCCACAGGCUCGGGGGCUGUGACCCAGGCACCCCCGCACGCCUGAGUGGAGCGAGGAGAGCGCGCUCGUUCUGGAACCAGGAAGGAGGAGCGGGUGGCGGCCUGCAGGCCAGGCCGGCUGAGGCAGCCUGGGGACACGGAGCUCCGAGUGCCCCAGCCUCACCUGCCGGGCUCUAGGCGUGGAGAAGAAGCCCCCGGAGGAGUGGGCGACCGCCUGCUGGACGCUGGCGUAGCGGAGCCAGUCCCCCAGCCGCUUGCUGAGCGCCCUGGUCUGCUCUGUGCAGGGCGGGGGUGACACCGCAGGAACCGAGUUAAGUCCCGCAGGCUCGCGCUGCCUGGGCUGCCGCAGGUCUUCCUAGGAACCAGCAGCAGCCCUGGCGGCCCCUCGCCCCCAGUGGCGGGAUGUGUGCAAACCUUCAUGGAGGGCGUCCGGGGCCAGGCUGGUGACCUUGGACACGAUAGGGAGGAGGUGCCUCAGGCUGGGCCCCUCGGGCUGCCGGCUCUCCAGGACCUUGAGGACGCGCUGGGCCAAGCUCCUGACCUGCUGUUGGUCACCCUGCAAACCCCACAGCAGAACGUGUUCCUGCGCGUCACGAAUGCCACCUGGUUCGGGCGUCCGGAACGUCACGAGGGCAGCCCCGGCCCUGCAGCCUGAAUCAGCCUCACAGCCCUGGCUCAUCCCCCCACCCGGAAUGGGGGCGGAGCAGGGAGGGCUGCUGGGUGACAAGGGCCCAGCCGAGCCUGCCCGCCCCACGGGGAGCACGCGGCCUGCUGGUUCACCGAGGCCCCAGGGCCACCAAGGGCAGGGUGGCGGCAGUCACGUUACCUGGGCCAAGAGCACAGAGGCCACGAGGCCCAGCUGCCGCGUGUUCUGGAUGUGGUCGCAGGAGAGGCUCAGGCUGUCGCAGGGCGACAUCUCUCUCAGGACAGCGGCGCAGAGCAGCUGGAGCUGCUCGGGGCAGGUAGGCGAGCAGAGGGUGGUCUGCAGCAGUGCCAGGCAAGGCCUCUCCAGCCUGGGGGGAGGGGGCGUGUCACCCCCCCGGGGCCGGGCCAGGCAGCGCCCCCCACCCCGCGAUGCCCCAGGGACGCGUGCGCUCACCUCCUGUUGUAUUUCGUGGCCGAGAUGAUGAGGAAGAGCCUCCGCAGGGCGUCCGGGGCGUCGGGACCCCAGUCCUCCUCUCGCAGUAGCGCACAGACCCGGGCACAGAGCCUCCCCAGCUCCUCGUCCCGGAGCUCCCUAAACAAAGACGACGGCGUCGGCAACCCGGCGACGAGGGACCCGGAAACGCCGCCCUGAGCUGUGACAGGACGGCUCUCGGGCUGGGGACCGGCCCUGCUGAGCAGAGAACAAGCCAGGUGUCGCGGAGGAAGGUGGUUCCAGCACCACCGGGCCUCUUGUGACGAACCCGCUGACUGGGUACCCGGCCUGGGUCCUUGCUCCCCCCACCAGGCGGGGGACCCUCACUCCAGCAGUUACUACGGCAAACCACGCAUUCGGGUUGUUAUUCCAGGACCAGAAGCACAAACCGAUUGGUUUACGAGUCAAAAGUAAGGGGGGUUUAGUCUGAAACCAGUUGCUUUUCAAAAGAUUCCUUCAGUGAGCCUUUAACUUCUGGGAACAAGAAUUAAAUGAAAGGUCAAAUGUUAUGA